CUCGUUUCAACUGUUGCGUUAACAGCAGGUAUCAGUAACGGCUCAUAACGACUGCAGGACUUGGAAGUGAUUUCCACGAUUGUAAAACGGGAAACAAAAUACUAUUUUUUACUUAAAACAAAACUGGCACAAACAUGUGCCCAACAGAAAGCUACCAUUUCUCGAAUGACCACGCUUUGGCAGAAUAAGUUGAAGAGUCACUGAGUUUUUCAAACAUCAAGGAGGCGAGUCCUCCUGCCAAACAAUACGAUGGAAGAAGUUAGCCAAAAUACAAACGAGGCUGGAUGUCAGGCCAAAUAUAAGGAGGCAAGAGAAGAGCGAAAAAAGCUCCUCACCCCUGCACACAAGUAUAUCAUUGACAUCUUGGCUGAGAGACUGGCCCUAUCGCCAACAGAUGUAGAGGAGUUUAUUUUAGAUUCGUCUUCUCUGGCUGCUUUUGAUCAGUUUUUUGCCGAAGGAGGUUGCAAAACCAUUUCCUUUGUGUAUCAAGAAUCUGCAGCGCCAGGACCAGAGUGUGGUCGCUCAUAUCCUGGUGCUGUAAAAGGAGAAAAAACACUGAGGCUGUUUAUGCCCGAUUUGUCCCAAAUAUCCCUGACAGGUAUUUGCUGCUACUUUAUACGGACAAGAGAGGACAUAGCUGUGAAUUCUGAAAACGUACAUGAGGAGAUCUUUUUUGCAGUAGUUGAUGCCAGAGACGGCCUCCUGAAAGGAAUAAGGAACACUUACAACUUUCUACUGCCUGCUCUCGAUGCACCACAAAACUGGGGCACUAUAGAGUCCAGACAUGGAGUAAAAUGUAAAGAGAACUUAAUGUACACAAUAAAACGCUGUCUUGACUCCUUAGAAGAAAUCCAUAUAAGCAACAAGUACAUUGUUCAUCUGACUACAUUCACACAUAUUGACUUCUCUAAACUGGCCAGCCUAAAUGAUAUGAAAACUGCAGCUGCCAACUGUGAGAUGGUCCAGCAACUGGAAAAAAAUCUUUUGCAGUGGUGCAAGGAAAUUGAGCAGGUCCUCAUAGAGAGUGAUCAGCUGAGAAAAGGAGCUGAUUCAGAAGGGCCACUGAGUGACUUAGAGCACUGGAAAGGAAUGUCUAUAAGGUUCAACUCUAUCAUCACUCACAUCAAAAGCCAAAAGUGCAAGACAGCGGUGAUGGUGCUCCAUAUUAGCAGAUCCAAAACUGUAAAGAUGUGGCGGAAGCUGGAUACUAGGAUAACAAGGUGUGCCAAUGAGGCAAAAGACAAUGUGAAAUUCCUGAGCACACUGGAGAAAGUUCUUCAACCUCUCUACAUCAGUGACCCGGUUGCCAUGAUGAAAAAUGUGCAAAAUGUCAUCAGUACUAUUCACAUGAUUUUCAGAGUUUCACUGUACUACAACACGAGUGAAACUAUAUCUUCACUGUUCAUCAAAGUCACAAAUCAGAUGGUUACAAUGUGCAGAUCGUACAUUACUGACAAUGGCAAACGUCUCAUAUGGGACCAAGAUGCUGAUAGCAUCAUCACAAAAGUGCAGCACUGUACCUCCUUGUACCAGGAAUAUAAGUCUUGUUUCCAGACAACAAAGAUGGAAACAAUGGCUGCACCUGGAAAGAGGCCUUUUGAGGUUUCAGAGAUGGAAAUUUUUUUGAAGUUUUCCAACUUCUGCAAGCAGCUUGAAAAGAUCACACAAAUAAUCACAGUGUUCAAGACAUUUGAAUCACUUAACAAGUCCAACAUUGAGGGCAUUGAGAGUCUAGCCAGACUGUUCAACACUAUAGCCAUGAAUCUGAAAAGAAAGCAGUAUGAUAUGUUGGCUCCAAGGAGUGCUGAAUUUGAAGCAGAUUUUGUCAAGUUUACAGAGCAAAUCUGUUACAUUGAGAACCAGCUGCAGACUUUUAUGAAUUCAUGCUUCUCACAUGUGAAGACAUCUGAGCGUGCCAUUCACCUGAUACAACGUUUCCAGAGGCUGAACAUUCCCUGCAUUAACGCACACGUUCCCCAUCUUUUGAGUCAUAUUCUUCAGCGUUAUGUCUCAGAAGUAGAGUUUGUGAGAAAGCACUAUGGCAACCACAAAGACAACCCUCCACUUGCUAGGGACAUGCCUCCUGUGGCUGGACGAAUUGGUUGGGCCAGGCACCUCUUCAAAAAAAUAGAGGAACCCAUGUUACACAUAAAAGAAAACUCGGACAUCCUGCUCAGUCCUCAGGGACGAAAUGCAGUCAAAAUGUACAAUCAGACUGCAGCUUCGUUAGUAAAGUUUGAGUGUAUUUACCACCAAGCAUGGCUCGAGGAAGUAUCGCAGAUGAAUCAUGUCUUAAAUGUCGCACUGCUGGUUCGUCACCCAAAGACAGAAAAGCUAGUUGUCAACUUUGAUCCUAAAGUAACUGAGGUCAUACGGGAGGCAAAGUGUUUGGUGAAGAUGGGUCUCCUGGUUCCAAAGCAAGCCUUACAUCUUCUCAACAUCGAAACAAAACUCAGUGCUGAUCACCAUCGAUUACAGACAAUUUUGGAAGAUUAUGAGUCCACUUGUGAGAAAAUACCUGAAGACUUUUCCAGCUGGAUGGCUUCAAAAAUCAAAAAUGUUGAAUCUGCUCUUCAACAUGGGGCAGUGCUGAUCACCUGGUCAUCCUUACUCCUGGACGAGUUCUUCCAAAGAGUUGACACGGCUUUGUAUGAGCUCCAGCAUCUUGUGAAUAAGGUGCUAAAUAUUAGCAAGUUACACAUUGAUGAUGUCCUUAAAGACAUCUCAGAGACGGUGCUGAUUGAGCUCUCAGAUGAUCCAACUUCAGUUCAGCAUCUGAUUGACCAUAAUAAGAAUCUUUGUAAAAAGUGGGCGAAAACAUUGAAUUACAAAUGUAGUCAUGUCAAAACAGCAAUCAAAGAGCUGGACACUGUUUUAAGUGCUGUUUAUGAACCAAAAGGCUACAAGACAGAGGAACCUGUGUCAGUCGGGAGGACCAUGACCUUCCCUGGAGAGAGACACACGAUUGCUCAUGAGGAUGAGAGAGGGACUGCAGAAAGUUCAUUGAAAGACAAAAAUACUAAAUUUGAAAAGGAGUUUAAGAAGCUUUAUGAAUCCUUCACUGCAAGGGUACUUGAUGCAGUUCUCAAAACAACAAAGUCAUCUCUGAACACCUUGAAAAAGAGGAUUAGUUGUGCUAUAAGUUACAAGAAAUCCAAGCCUCAACCUAUGAUAGUUCCGCUAAUAAAAUCUGAAGUCCACCUGGAUAUACCCAACGUGGUAAUGAUUCCCACUUUAGAUGAAAUCCAGCAGGCCAUAAAUCAACUAACUGACUCUGUGUUGGAAGUUAGCAAGAGCAUUGCCUGGCAGUGGGAGUACACUCCUAAUGAAAGGAAGAAAGCAGAAAGAGAUCAUUUAUUUAACUUUGUUGUGGAACACAAGGACAUCAAAAAACUCGUGGGCAUUCUGAAAACAGCAAUCAACUCUCAGAAGGGACGAGCAGCCAAUGUUCUGAAACAGUUCAAUACUUUCAGAGCGAUCUGGGAAGAGGACAAAAACGCUAAAGUCAAAGAAUUCAUGGCAAGCAAACCAUCCUUGAUCCACAUUACAUCUGAAAUCGAACACUAUGACUCAGUUGAGCAAGAAAUUCAAGCUAUCAAGCCUGUUAUUGCUUUUGAAUCUGUUCAUUUAACAACAGGUUCACUGAAAAAGGCCCUAACAGAUGAGACAAAAGCCUGGAAGAAACUAAUUUGCAAAUACCUGAAGGAGAGGUACAAGAAGAAAAUGACUGACACACACAUACAUUUGAACAACUACCUUAUACAGCUAUCACAUCCUGUGGCUAAUCUGGAAGAUGUACGCUGUACUAUGGGGGCCCUGUCUACGCUUCGAGAAGCUGAAAUACAGACUGACAUGACACUGAUUUCCAUUGAGGAAGCAUAUGAAAUUUUGACAAAAUAUGAAGCAGAAGAGACCAAAAGAGAAGUAGAAGAAGUGUACAGUCUGAGAGACUCAUUCACAAUGCUGCAGUCUAAAGCUAGAUCGGUGCAAUAUGAGCUUGUUCGUAUGCAACCCAAGUUCAAACAAGACCUUCUCGUGAGCGUGGCUAUCUUCCAAAAAGAUGUUGACACUUAUAUGGAACAGUUUGAUUCUGAAGGCCCUUUGGUUGUAGGAUUAGCUCCACAAGAAGCCAGCCGCAGGCUUCAGAUCUAUCAGGCUAGAUUUGAAGAGCUUUGGAGAAACUUCACCACAUAUACUUCUGGACAGCAGCUUCUUGGCUUACCAGUUACAGAAUACAACUGUCUACACAAGAAAAAAAAAGAGCUUGAUCUGCUUCAAAAACUCUAUGGCCUGUAUGAUGCAGUGAUGAACAAGAUUAGUGGGUACUAUAAGAUACUAUGGAUACAAGUGGAUAUUGAAAAGAUCAAUGGCGAACUUCUGGAUUUUCAGAACAGGUGUCGGAAGCUACCCAAAGCACUAAAGGACUGGCAAGCCUUUCUUGAUCUAAAAAAGACCAUUGAUGAUUUUAAUGAUUCGUGUCCUCUUCUUGAAAUGAUGGCAAACAAGUCUAUGAAACGGAGACACUGGGACCGUAUUGCACAAGUGACUGGACACCAUUUUGAGGUGGAGUCCAGUACGUUUACACUUGAGAACAUCAUGGAGGCGCCUUUGUUGACGUACAAGGACGACAUUGAGGACAUUUGCAUAUCAGCUGUAAAGGAGAAGGAUAUUGAGGCCAAAUUAUCACAAGUAAAAGAGCUGUGGUCUGCUCAGACCCUGAGCUUGAUGACAUUUAAGAGUAGAGGAGAACUGAUGCUGAAAGGAGCAGAAACAUCCGAGAUUCUCACCAACUUGGAGGACAGUUUGAUGGUGCUAGGUUCACUGCUGAGCAACAGGUACAGUACCUUCCACAAAGCAGAGAUCCAAGAUUGGGUCUUCAAGCUUUCAACAUCAUCUGAGGUCAUUGAACAGUGGGUUAUAGUGCAAAACUUGUGGGUCUAUUUGGAGGCUGUGUUUGUUGGGGGCGAUAUUGCCAAAGAUCUGCCACAGGAAGCAAAUCAAUUUCAGAAUAUUGACAAGUCUUGGACUGAAAUCAUGCGGCGAGCACAAAAGGUCCCAAAUGCUGUGGAGUGCUGUGUAGGUGAUCCCUCUCUGCGAGAAAAGCUUCCAGAUCUUCAGAAACAACUAGAGCUCUGUCAGAAAUCUCUUGCAGGGUAUCUUGAGAAAAAGAGACUCUUGUUUCCACGGUUCUUCUUUGUGUCUGAUCCUGCCCUUUUGGAAAUCCUUGGACAAGCCAGUGAUUCUCACACAAUUCAGGCACAUCUUCUUGGAGUGUUUGACAACGUAAAAGAAGCUGAGUUUCACACAACAGAAUAUGACAAGAUCAUAGCUGUUAUUUCACAAGAAGGGGAAAAACUGCCGCUAGAGAGUCCUGUAAUGGCUCAGGGAGAAGUUGAGAUCUGGCUUAGGAAGCUUUUGGUGCAACAACAGGCUUCACUGCACUCUGUUAUCAGAGCUGCAGAUCUAGAGAUAGACGAUGAGGAGUUUGAUCUUCUUGCUUUUCUCAACAGAUUUCAAGCACAGGUGGGCUUGCUGGGAAUCCAAAUGAUUUGGACAAGAGAUGCAGAGAAGGCCCUGCACCAUACAGAAGAUGACAAGCACAUCAUGUCUCUUACCCAAAAGAAAUUACUGAGUCUGCUCACUACACUCAUCAAGCAAACAACCUAUGACCUCAGCAAAUUUGACAGAGUCAAAUAUGAGACACUUGUCACAAUUCAUGUGCACCAGACUGAUAUAUUUAAUGACCUAGUGAAAAAGCGUAUAAAAUCUGUAGGCGACUUCGAAUGGCUGAAGCAGAGCAGGUUUUACUUCAGGGGCUACCUGGAUAAGGUCAUUGUGUCUAUUACUAAUGUUGACUUCAUUUAUCAGAAUGAGUUUCUAGGCUGUACUGAUCGUCUGGUCAUCACUCCACUGACAGACAGGUGCUACAUCACACUAGCCCAAGCUCUAGGUAUGAGUAUGGGAGGAGCCCCUGCAGGACCGGCUGGAACUGGGAAAACUGAAACUACCAAAGACAUGGGUCGCUGUCUUGGCAAGUAUGUUGUAGUGUUCAACUGCUCUGACCAGAUGGACUUCAGAGGACUUGGAAGGAUUUAUAAAGGCCUCGCGCAGUCAGGGUCCUGGGGUUGUUUUGAUGAGUUCAACAGAAUCGACCUGCCAGUGCUCUCUGUUGCUGCUCAGCAGAUCUACAUAGUUCUGACGGCACGCAAGAACCAGAAGAGCACAUUUAUUUUUACUGAUGGAGACACUGUGGAUCUGAAUCCAGAGUUUGGCCUGUUUAUCACUAUGAAUCCCGGAUAUGCCGGUCGUCAGGAACUUCCUGAAAAUUUAAAAGUGCAAUUCAGGACGGUUUCUAUGAUGGUGCCAGACAGACAGAUCAUCAUGAGAGUUAAGCUAGCCAGUUGUGGAUUCAAUGAAAACAUCAUCUUAGCCCAGAAGUUUUUUGUUCUUUAUAAACUGUGUGAAGAACAACUUACAAAACAGGUCCACUAUGACUUUGGCCUGAGGAACAUCCUGUCCGUGUUACGAACACUUGGGGCUGCUAAAAGAGCACGGCCUGAUGACACAGAGUCCAGCAUUGUCAUGAGAGUGCUGCGUGACAUGAAUCUGUCUAAACUGGUGGAUGAGGAUGAGUCACUUUUCCUCAGUCUCAUCAAUGACCUGUUCCCUGGUAUCCAGCUGGAUAGUAGCACAUAUGCUGAACUUCAGGCAGCUGUUGCCCAUCAAGUGCAGUCAGCCGGUAUAAUCAACCAUCCUCCCUGGAAUCUCAAGCUUGUUCAGCUUUAUGAGACUUCACGAGUGCGCCAUGGGCUGAUGACUUUAGGACCAAGUGGAGCUGGGAAGACCACAGUCAUCAACAUUCUCAUGCGAGCUAUGACUGAAUGUGGAUACCUGCAUAGGGAGAUGCGCAUGAACCCCAAAGCAAUCACUGCUGCGCAGAUGUUUGGCCGUCUUGAUGCAGCCACCAAUGAUUGGACAGAUGGGAUAUUUUCCACACUAUGGAGGAGGACACUCAAAGCUAAGAAAGGGGAGUUCAUAUGGAUUGUGCUUGAUGGUCCUGUCGACGCCAUAUGGAUUGAGAAUCUUAAUUCUGUGUUGGAUGAUAACAAAACACUGACCUUGGCUAAUGGUGACCGCAUCACAAUGUCACCAUGUUGCAAGUUGGUGUUUGAGGUGCACAACAUGGAUAAUGCCUCCCCUGCUACAGUGUCCCGGGUGGGUAUGGUCUUCAUGAGCUCAUCAGCUCUCAGUUGGAAACCCAUACUCAGGGGAUGGGCUAACAAGCGCAAUGCAAAGGAGGCAGAAAGUAUUUUAAGUUUAUAUGACAAGAUAUUUGAGGAUGCUUACUUGUAUAUGAAGCAGAACCUUAAACCCAAAAUGGAGCUUUUGGAGUGUAACUAUGUAAUGCAGUCUGUGAAUCUGCUGGAAGGCCUCCUCCCAACCAAGGAGACAGGAGGCUUUGCUGGUAGCAAACACCUUGAGCGUCUCUUUGCCUUCUGUCUGAUGUGGAGCCUUGGAGCCAUUUUGGAGUUAGAUGAUAGAGACAAACUAGAGACUUACAUCAGAGGUCAUGAAAGCAAUAUUGAUGUUCCUCCAACACGGCCAGGGGAAACUAUGUUUGAGUACAUGAUUGGCACAAAUGGUGAUUGGUGUCAUUGGAACAACCAUGUGGGUGAUUAUAUCUAUCCAACUGACCAUUUGCCUGACUACACUUCUAUUCUUGUUCCCAAUGUGGAUAACACAAGAACUUCUUUCUUGCUGGAUACCAUUGCUAAACAACACAAGGCUGUGCUGCUCAUUGGAGAACAAGGAACUGCUAAAACUGUGAUGAUAAAAAGCUACACAAAAAAAUAUGAUCCUGAGACAGACCUAUCAAAGACGCUGAACUUCUCAUCUGCAACAGAACCCCUAAUGUUUCAGCGAACAGUGGAAAGUUACAUUGAGAAAAGAAUUGGCAGCACCUAUGGACCCCCAGGAGGACGCAGGAUGACAGUCUUUAUUGAUGAUAUAAACAUGCCAGUUGUCAAUGAAUGGGGAGAUCAGAUCACCAAUGAGAUAGUUCGACAGAUGAUGGAAAUGAGUGGCAUGUACAGUCUGGACAAACCAGGAGACUUCUCCACUAUUGAAGAUGUGCAGAUACUUGCUGCCAUGAUUCACCCUGGUGGUGGGAGAAAUGACAUCCCUCAAAGACUCAAGAGGCAGUUUACUGUCUUUAACUGUACUCUGCCAUCAAAUACUUCAAUUGAUAAGAUCUUUGGUAUAAUUAGUGGUGGUUACUUCCAUGAAUGCAGAAAAUUCAAGCAGAGCAUUUCAGAUAUGGUUAAGCAUCUUGUAUCUGCUGGGAGGAUUUUAUGGCAGUGGACAAAGGUAAAAAUGCUUCCCACACCAUCCAAGUUCCACUACAUUUUCAAUUUGAGAGAUUUGUCUCGGAUCUGGCAAGGGAUGUUAAACAUCAAGGCAGAGGAGUGUCAUGAUAUACCUACCCUCUUGGCUCUUUUCAAGAGUGAAUGUGCAAGGGUGAUUGCUGACAGGUUUAUUUGCUCAGAGGACAGAGAGUGGUUUGAGAAGGGUGUAUCCCGGGUGAUCCAAGAGCAUGUUGAGCCUAGCCUUGUCCCAAAACUUCAUCCUGAGCCAUACUUUGUGGACUUUCUCCGCGAUGCACCUGAGCCAACUGGAGAAGAAGGGGAGGAUGCGUGUUUUGAUGCCCCUAAAAUUUAUGAACUGGUGCCAAAUUUCAAGUUCUUAUCAGAGAAACUAAUGAUGUAUCAGACUCAACACAAUGAGAUCAUAAGAGGCUCGACUCUGGAUCUGGUUUUCUUCACAGAUGCAAUGACUCAUCUCGUCAAGAUCUCACGAAUAAUUCGAACUGACCAAGGAAAUGCCCUGCUUGUGGGUGUCGGAGGAUCAGGUAAACAGAGCCUUACGCGGCUAGCCUCAUUCAUAGCUGGAUACCACGUCUUCCAGAUCACAUUGACCAGAACAUACAACAUGACCAAUUUCCUGGAUGACCUGAAAGUGCUGUAUAGGACAGCUGGGGCUGAAGGCAAAGGCAUCACCUUUAUCUUUACUGAUAAUGAUAUCAAGAAUGAGGCCUUCCUUGAGUACCUCAACAAUGUUCUUUCAUCUGGAGAGGUUUCCAAUCUUUUUGCUAAAGAUGAGAUCCAAGAGAUCACCCAGAAGCUAAUACCUGUGAUGAAAAAGGAGUUUCCUCGUAUUCCACCAACUUUUGACAACCUUUACGAGUAUUUUAUUUCACGGUCAAGAAAGAAUCUCCAUGUUGUUCUUUGCUUCUCACCGGUGGGACCGAAGUUUCGCUCCCGGUCUCUGAAGUUUCCAGGGUUGAUUUCUGGCUGCACGAUGGACUGGUUCACCCCUUGGCCAAAUGAGGCUUUGGUGGCUGUAUCCAAUUAUUUCUUGUCUGAGUUUAAUAUGGUUUGUUCUGCUGAAGUCAAAGCGUCUGUGGUGACGGCUAUGGGAACAUACCAUGACAAAGUAUCUGUCACAUGUGAAAGCUACUUUGAGAGAUUCCGAAGACGAACUCACGUUACCCCUAAAUCCUACCUCUCUUUUGUAAAUGGUUACAAAACGUUGUACACUGAAAAGUAUAACAGCAUCAACAUACUAUCAGAACGCAUGAAUGUUGGGUUGGAGAAACUAAAAGAGGCUAGUGAGUCUGUGGCUCAGCUAUCCGAAGAACUGAAAGUAAAGGAAAAAGAGCUUGCUGUAGCAUCUCUCAAAGCUGACAAGGUGUUGGCAGAGGUAACAGUCAGUGCUGAAGCUGCUACAAUUGUAAAGAAUGAGGUCCAAGUUGUGAAGGAUAAAGCCCAGACAAUUGUGGAGGGGAUUGGAAAGGAGAAGAUUGUUGCUGAAGCUAAACUAGAGGCUGCUAAACCAGCUUUAGAAGAGGCUAAAGCCGCACUGAAUACCAUAAAGCCAACUGAUAUUGCCACUGUGAGAAAAUUAGCCAAGCCGCCACAUCUGAUUAUGCGGAUCAUGGACUCCUGCCUUCUCUUGUUUCAAAAGAAGUUAGACUCUGUCUCCAUUGAUCCUGAACGACAGUGUCUUAAGCCAUCGUGGGCAGAAGCACUGAAGCUUAUGAGUGCUGCUGGUUUCAUGACGUCCCUCCAACAUUUCCAGAAAGACAAAAUUAAUGAGGAAUCAGUAGAACUGCUACUUCCUUACUUUGAUAUGGAAGAUUACACAAUGGAAAAUGCAAAGAAGGUGUGUGGUAAUGUAGCUGGUCUGCUAGCAUGGACCCGGGCUAUGUCCACAUUCUUUGGGAUCAACAAAGAAGUGCUGCCACUUAAGGCUAACCUGGCUGUUCAAGAAAACCGACUAAGAAUUGCAAAUAAUGAACUAAUGAAUGCAGAGGCUCAGCUUGCUGAGAAGCAAGCAGAGUUUGACAAAGUCAAGGCCAAAUGUGAUGCUGCUAUGAAAGAAAAACAGGACCUGCUGGAUGAUGCUGAGAAAUGCAAGAAUAAAAUGCAGGCUGCAUCUGCACUUAUUGAUGGACUUAGUGGAGAGAAAGUUCGCUGGACAGAGCAGAGCAAAGAAUUUAAAUCACAGAUAAACAGACUGGUGGGUGACGUGCUGCAGCUCACUGGUUUCUUGUCUUAUUGCGGGCCGUUCAACCAGAGUUUCCGUGACAUCCUGCUGAAGGACAUCUGGGAGGCAGAGCUCAAGAGUAAUAAAAUCCCUUUUACAGAAAAUCUCAACAUCAUUUCUGCCCUAGUGGACCCUCCCACUAUAAGUGAGUGGAACCUUCAGGGACUCCCUGGAGAUGACCUGUCUGUGCAGAAUGGUAUCAUUGUCUCAAAAGCAACAAGAUAUCCCCUCCUCAUUGAUCCUCAGACUCAGGGAAAGGCUUGGAUAAAGAAAAAAGAAAUGGCCAAUUCACUCCAAGUCACAUCACUGAAGCACAAGUUCUUUCGUAAUCAUUUGGAAGACUCUCUUUCUUUGGGAAAUCCACUGCUCAUUGAAGAUAUAGCUGAGGAUCUGGAUCCUGUGCUGGACAAUGUCCUUGAGAAAAACUUCGUCAAAUCUGGGACAAGUUUCAAGGUCAAAGUGGGAGACAAAGAAGUAAAUGUAAUGGAUGGUUUCCAACUCUAUAUAACCACCAAGCUGCCCAAUCCAGCAUAUUCCCCAGAAGUCAGUGCCAAGACUUCCAUCAUUGAUUUCACUGUUAACAUGAAGGGUCUAGAGAACCAGCUGCUUGGCCGUGUUAUCCUCAGAGAGAAACAGGAAUUAGAAGCCGAAAGACUAAAGCUAAUUAAAGAUGUGACUGCUAAUAAGAGAAAAAUGCAAGAGCUGGAAGACAACCUGCUGUACAAACUCAGCAGUACUAAGGGUUCUUUAGUUGAUGACGAGUCCAUGAUCGGCAUUCUGACUACAACUAAGCAAACCGCAGCAGAAGUUAGUGCAAAGCUCAGCGUUGCAGCAGAAGCAGAGGUGAAGAUCUAUAUAGCUCAAGCAGAAUAUCGUCCUGUUGCCUCUCGAGGCAGCAUCCUUUACUUCCUCAUCACAGAGAUGAGCAUGGUUAAUGUCAUGUACCAGACGUCCCUGAGUCAGUUCCUGAAAAUCUUUGACCUGUCACUGGAAAGGUCUGAAAAGUCCCCAAAAACUCAGAAGCGAAUUGAAAACAUCAUUGAAUAUCUGACUUUUGAGGUGUUCAGAUACACCGUCAGAGGCUUGUAUGAAAACCACAAGUUCAUCUUUACCCUUUUGCUGGCCCUCAAGAUUGACAUACAGAAUAACAGAAUAGAGCACAACAAAUUUCAGGUUCUUAUUAAAGGUGGAGCGGCUCUGGACCUGAAGACCUGCCCCUCAAAACCAUUCAGUUGGAUCUUGGAUAUGGUAUGGCUAAACUUGGUGGAGCUCAGCAAAUUGCCACAAUUCACAAACAUUGUAAAGCAGGUGUCUCAAAGUGGAAAACAUUGGAAAGCUUGGGUCAGUCUUGAUGCACCAGAAGAAGGUGUCAUUCCAGAUGGAUACAACUCUCUUGAUGUUUUCCAUAAACUCUUGUUGAUAAGGUCCUGGUGUCCUGACCGUACCUUGUCUCAGGCUGUAAAAUAUGUGGGAGAUUCUUUGGGCAUAAGGUUUGCUGAGCCUGUCAUCUUGAACCUUCACAGCACAUGGGAGGAAAGUGACCCUCGCACCCCUUUAAUUUGCUUCCUUUCUAUGGGCUCAGAUCCCACAGAGCAAAUUGAAGCACUAGCUAAGAAACUUCAACUUAAAUGUAGUGCAAUUUCCAUGGGACAAGGACAAGAGGUGCAUGCAAGGAAGCUUGUUAAGACAUCAAUGAUAGAGGGAGGCUGGGUGUUACUGCAAAACUGUCACCUGGGCUUGGAGUUUAUGGAUGAGCUGCUCGAAACUAUCACAGCUGCAGACACCAUGCACAAUACUUUUAGAGUGUGGAUCACCACAGAGCCACACAAUCGAUUCUCCAUCACACUUUUACAGUCCUCCAUCAAAUUUACUAACGAUCCACCCCAGGGAAUACGUGCUGGCUUGAAACGAACAUUUGCAGGAAUUUCACGGGAGCAGUUGGAAGUAUGCAACCAGCCCACGUGGAAGCCCUUGUUGUACAGUGUGGCCUUUCUCCACACUGCUGUGCAGGAGCGACGCAAGUUCGGACCAUUGGGUUGGAACAUACCUUAUGAGUUCAACUCAGCUGAUUUCACAGCAAGUGUUGAAUUUGUUGAAAAGCACUUGGAUGACUGUCGCUACAAGAAGCAUGAUGUGUCAUGGGUAACUGUGCAAUACAUGCUAGCUGAGGUGCAAUAUGGAGGAAGAGUCACAGAUGACUAUGACAAACGCCUGUUGAAGUGUUUCUCUCGUGUGUGGUUCAGUAAAAAGAUGUUUGAUCCAGCAUUUUGCUUUUACACGGGCUAUAAGAUUCCUGUGUGCGAGACAGUGGAGGAGUACAUGGAAUAUAUUCAGAGCUUGCCCACUGUGGAUUCACCCCAGGCAUUAGGACUGCACUCUAAUGCUGAUAUCACGUACCAGACAAACACAUCUGCUGAAGUGCUAGACACAAUCACAAAUAUUCAGCCCAAGGAAAGUGGAGGGGGAUCAGGAGUGACUCGAGAGUCUGUUGUUUAUAACAUGGCACAGGACAUGUUGGAGAAGCUGCCUCCUAACUAUGUACCUCAUGAGGUCAAAGCGAGGCUCUUGAAGAUGGGAGCGCUUAACCCAAUGAACAUCUUCCUACGUCAGGAAGUAGAUCGAAUGCAAAGGAUUAUAAGUUUGGUGCGCAUAAGUCUGACAGACCUGAAGUUGGCCAUCGAUGGCACUAUAAUAAUGAGCGAGAACCUGCGUGAUGCCCUCGACAAUAUUUUUGAUGCCCGUGUGCCAAACCUGUGGAGGAAAAUCUCCUGGGAGUCUUCCACGCUAGGCUUUUGGUUCACUGAGCUCCUGGAGAGAAACAAACAGUUCCACAGUUGGGUGUUUGAAGGAAGACCAAAAACAUUUUGGAUGACAGGCUUCUUCAACCCACAGGGAUUUCUGACAGCCAUGAGGCAAGAAGUAACCAGAGCGAACAAAGGCUGGGCUCUGGACACGGUCACACUCAACAACAAAGUACUCAAGCACACAAAGGAGGAGAUCACAGCCUCACCAACAGAGGGAGUUUACGUCUAUGGUUUGUACGUUGAUGGUGCUGGCUGGGACAGAAAGAACACCCGUCUCAUCGAGUCCUCACCCAAAGUGUUGUUUACACCCUUGCCUGUCAUUCACAUGUUCGCUGUCAACUCCACUGCCCCUCCGCAUCCUGAGCUUUAUGUGUGCCCCAUCUACAAGAAGCCAAAGCGCACAGACCUGAACUACAUCACAGCAGUGAUGUUGCCUACAGUCCAGUCACCAGACCACUGGAUCCUGCGUGGGGUUGCCCUGCUCUGUGACAUCAAAUAAAAAACAGUUGCUUAUCUUUACUAACGUGUAAAAGUGAUAAAAACAGAAAUAAUUACAUUUCCUUCAGAAAAGCAUACUCUUUUAACAUAGAUGGAGUCUUGACAGUUCCUCCUAGUGGUGUAAAAUAAUUUCAUCUUUUUCAAUUUUAUGUUUGUGUUCUGAGCUGGGUAGUUAGUGUGGGUGACUUAAACCACAUGUUUACUUAAUAAACUGAUCUCUGAAAUGAAAUAAAUAAUCAAAACUUUGGUCAUG